AGAUUUGAGACGUUUUAAGUGUGGAACUAUGGAAGUUGUAGUUUUUACAUGUUUUGCUGCGACAUUAUGUUCUUGUUUACGGCGCCAAACCGCGCAUGCGCAGUUUGAUGACCUUCUUUGAGCAGCAUGGCCGCUCGGGCGUUUACAAAAGGUUUGUUGGGGUUUCGGCAUGUUGGAGCUGCCAAGGUUAAAUUCUCCAUCAAUGGAGAGCACUUUGCCACUGCAUCCUCCAUUAAAUCACCUGAAAUUCAAAUUCAGUCAUUCACAGAGAAAAUCCCUAAUCCGCCACUUGAGAAACAUGACCAUUUCCGUUUGUCGGAGCUUUUCACCUUAAAGGACUUGUUUGAUGCGAGGGUGCAUCUUGGACACAAGAAAGGCUGCAGGCACAGGCUCAUGGAACCUUACCUGUACGACUGCAGUUUAGACUAUGAUAUCCUUGAUCUGGACAAAACGGAGGAGCACCUUCGGCUGGCUCUGAACGUCACGGCACAAACGGCAUAUCGGGGCGGCAUCAUCCUCUUCGUCAGCCGCCGCCGCCAGUUCUGCCACCUGGUGGAGACCACAGCCAAGGAGUGUGGGGAGUACGCGCACACACGGUACUGGCAGGGGGGCCUCCUUACCAACGCUCACAUCCAGUACGGCCAAGGGGUGCGCUUGCCCGACCUCAUCAUCUUCCUCUCCACUCUGAACAACGUGUUCCAGCAGCAUGUGGCCAUCAGAGACGCUGCCAAGAUGAACAUUCCCACAAUAGGAGUGGUGGACUCAAACUGUAACCCCAGCUCGAUUACAUACCCGGUACCAGGAAACGAUGACACUCCGGUUGCCAUGGAGCUCUACUGCCGCUUGUUCAAGAUGAGCAUCAACAGAGCCAAGGACAAACGGAGACAGAUGGAGCUCCUUCAGGGCCUGUCUGAACCCUCAUCAUCCAGCUCAUAAGAUGCCACCAAGAGAUGUUUAAAACACUGCAGCUAUAGUUGGACUUUAUCCUCUGUUGCAAAUCAUUUGGGUUUAAAGAGAACUCUGUAUAUGGCUCAUUAAAAAUAAAUCUUGUUACUUUAAAAA